AUGUGUAUUCUGGAGUCUAUUGUAUUAGAAUAUGAUGAUACCUUUUCUGGGACAUCCUUUCCCUCCCUUGAAUGUCUUGAGUUUGAUGACAUGCCAUGUUGGGAAGUAUGGUAUCAUCCCCAUGAUUCAGAUUCCUUUUUUCUGGUACUAAAGUCCCUUUUGAUUAAGGAUUGUCCUAGACUAAAUGGAUAUUUUCCAUCUCAUCUUCCUGCUUUGGAAAUAAUUCAAAUUGAAAAAUGUGACCAGCUUACUUCUACUCUCCCAUGGGCUCCUGCCUUAUGCAAAUUAAAGGUAUUUGAUGGCAAUAAAGUAGCCUUGCAUGAACUACCCCUUUCAUUAGAAGAGUUAAGACUUAAAGGAAGACACGUGACAGAGUCUGUCUUUGCAGCCAUUUCCAUCACCCUACCAACAUCUCUUCGAGUUAUGGAUAUCAGAGAUUAUUCGUCCAUAAUAUCAUUUCUGGGAGAUUGUUUACCUGCUUCCUUAUCGAGUUUGACUAUUAAGGGUUGUAGAAAUCUAAUUUUCCCAAAUCAAAACCAGCAACACAACUCACUUAAGUAUUUGUAUAUCGAAAGGAGUUGUGAUUCUCUCACAACCCUCUCACUAGAUGCCCUUCCGAAUCUAUUUUAUCUUUACAUUACUCAUUGUGAAAACUUAGGAUAUCUUUCUGCUUCGAAGACCCUAUAA